AUGGUCGUGGAGGAGGGCGCGGGCGGCUUCUGCGCGGAUGGGAGCGUCAAGAAGGAGGGAGCGGACGACCGAUGGGAGAGAAGGAAAGGGUGCGCGGGUUUUGGGGUGGAUGUAGAUGCUGAAGGGCCAAAAUCUCCUGGAAUGAAUAUUGAUGUCUAUUUGCAACCCCUAAUUGAUGAGCUAAAGGAAUUGUGGGUUAAAGGUGUUGAAACAUGGGAUGCAAAGGUGAAGAAGAAUUUUACUCUUCGUGCGCUUCUACUAUGGACCAUAAAUGAUUUUCCUGCCUAUGCCAUGCUAUCUGGUUGGAGUACUAAAGGAAAGUUUGCAUGUCCAUACUGCCACAAAGAUACAGACUACUCAUGGUUGAAAUUUGGGUCAAAGCACGGCUACUUGGGUCAUCGCCGGUUUCUACCUCAGAACCAUAGGUGGCGUAGGAACAAAAACAGCUUCAACAACAAGACAGAGAUGAGGGAGGCACCUGUGACAUUGACUGGUGCACAGGUUAUACAGCAUUAUGAAAGUUUUGAGCAACCAAAAUUUGGGAUAGCCACAAAGAAGAGGAAGCAGUGUGAAGAAGAGCGUAGGUGGCACAACUGGAGGAAGAAGAGUAUAUUUUUUGAGCUGCCUUACUGGAAAAAAUUGCUUGUAAGGCAUAAUUUAGAUGUUAUGCACAUCGAGAAAAAUAUCUGUGAGAGCAUAAUUGGGACAUUGCUUGACAUAGAUGGUAAGUGUAAGGAUAGUGACAAGGUGCGGCUUGGCAUGCAACAUCUUGGGAUAAGGCAAGAUCAGCAUCCAGUACUAGAGAAUGGUCAGUAUACUUUGCCACCAUCACUGUACUCCUUAGGCAAGGAUGAGAAGAUAAUGUUAUGUACAUUCUUAGAAGGAGUGAGGAUGCCUGAUGGUUACGCGUCUAAUAUAAAGAGAUGCGUGGAUGUUAAUGGCUGUAAGAUUUCUGGACUGAAAUCACAUGACUAUCAUGUUAUUUUGCAGAAACUGUUACCCUUAGUUGCACGCCACAUAUUGCCUGAAGAUGUUGCUAGACCAUUGAUUGAGCUUAGCAAGUUUUUCAAUGCGCUAUGUUCAAAGGAGCUGGUGCAAAGUGACAUUGAAAAACUAAGUUCUUCAAUUGCAGAGACUUUAUGUCGGUUUGAGAUGAUAUUUCCACCAGCAUUUUUUGAUAUUAUGAUGCACUUGCCUAUUCAUUUAGCUGAGGAGACUAAAAUUGGAGGAUCAGUGUGUUAUCGGUGGAUGUAUCUGAUCGAGAGGUAUCUGCGUACACUUAAAGGAUAUGUUAGAAACAAGGCACAACAAGAAGGUUCAAUAGCAGAGGGAUAUAUCUCAGAGGAGUGCAUGACAUUCUACUCUCAUUUCCUAGAAGACAUUGAUAUGAAGCUGAAUCGCCCAGCGCGUCAUCAGAGCAGCGUGGUGAAUGAACCACUGGCUGGGCCUAGCAUCUUUGGGAACAUUGACUAUAGUAAGAAAGGCUGCAAAAUUGAGCCUAUUUCUAGAUUUGACAUGCUGCAGAUGCGGCACUACAUAUUAUCAAACUGUGACGAGGCAAUUCCAUGGAUUAAGUAA